AUGUGUGUUGAAUGCCUAUAUGAAAACAGAGUAGAGAUUAAACAAGCAGCUCCGAUUAAUAAAUUUCAUGAAACUCUUCUAAAGAAAUUUAAAGAAAACCAGUUGGAGGAUACAUCAGAAUUAAUUAAAAAUAAAAUAGGCUUCAAAUAAUUGCUAUCUGAAACUGAAGCUAUUAUGAAGAAGUUAUGGGAAGAUUUAGCAUCUUCAAUUAAAUUGAUCUAUGAGAUGAUUGAGUAAGAAAAUAAUUCCUACAUUAAUCUCAUCAUAAAUAAUGACAAUUUAGCAGAAUCUUCUUUUAUUGAUUUGGAAAAAUUAGUGUAAAUACAGAAUGGGGAAAUUUUAGAUGAUUGGAAUUAUAAAAAGAAUUCUUAUGUGAAGAAAUUGGAUAAGGCUAAGUAGUGGCUAGAAAAAGAAGUGAAAAAUUUCAUUGAAAAAUUUAAACAACAAAUGAAUGAGAUUUUAUAGAUGUUUCAGUAUAAUUUAACAACAUUUUCAAAUAGGAUUGAAACGAAAGAGUAAUUGAUAUGGAAAGAAGGUACCAAACAAAUAAGAGGAUUCUUUUGGAAUUAUUCUUUUAAAUUACAUCAAAUAACUUUACAAUAUUUAAUUUAAAUUACAAUAUUGAAAGAUAUAGAAAUUUGUUUAAAAUUAUCUCAAUAUUAAAAAUAGAAAUGUCUAAUUUUAAAAUUAUCAAUAAGAAUUUGCAUAGCAAAAUAAUAUGUAAAAAAUGGGAAAGCCUUAAAAAGAUGA